GCCCACUUGUGUCGCUUCAAACAAGUUCCGGGUAAUAACAGGCUGGUGGCUAACGUUAACUGAUCCGCAGUCCCCACUCCUCAUUCUUCUUCAGAGUGGUAAGAAACGUUUAACAGACAUCAGGAACAGGAUGGACGGUGAAGAGAGAACCUACGGUGGCUGUGAAGGCCCAGAUGCCAUGUAUGUGAAGUUGAUCUCCUCAGAUGGCCACGAAUUCAUUGUGAAAAGAGAGCACGCCUUGACAUCUGGGACUAUCAAAGCCAUGCUAAGUGGACCAGGUCAGUUUGCUGAGAAUGAAACCAAUGAAGUGAACUUCAGAGAGAUCCCCUCUCACGUUCUGUCAAAGGUCUGCAUGUACUUCACCUACAAGGUCCGUUACACCAACAGCUCCACAGAAAUCCCUGAGUUCCCCAUCGCCCCGGAGAUCGCACUGGAACUGCUCAUGGCUGCCAACUUUCUGGAUUGCUAAAGUUACAGAAAUAAUGUAGCUGCUUCAAACAUUUUUAGAAUUUUCUUUUGAAUAUUUAAAUUGUUUUACAUAUACAUGAAAGAGUGUCACUUCGAGGAUUUUUUUUUUCUUUUUGCACUUGGCUAUUUGUCAUAGUUUUAGUAGUAUUAAAGGAUUUCAUUUUAAUGUAUUAAACGGAUAUGGCAAGCUGCAUCAGUUGUCCCAGAAUAUGAUAAACAUGCCCCCGCCCAUAAAUCUUUCCUCACCUCUCUAGCCUAAUAAAGAUGUGUUUGGUGAGUAA